AUGACUAGCAAUAGCAACAAGUUACCUUCAACCCGCCGCAUUGUGCGUCGCCCCUUACGUUUCGCUUCACCUGCCAAAGAACAACAGUACCGUACCGAGAUUGACCACGUACAGCAGUACAUUUGUGCCCAACUCGGUGGAUUGGACGAGACCUCUAUUCAACUACUCGGUGUACACGACAGUCGCUCACGUAGUUACUAUGAGGAGAUUCAGGAAUUCCUCGAACGCAAGCAUCAGCUCGAACAGCAACAGCAGCGAACAGAAAAGCAGUAUUCCGAGCGUGUGCUUAUUCAGGACCUUGACGAGUACCUGAAUGAGCUGGACCCUAGCUUGUUCGUCGAGUCUAUGCCGAUCAUUCCCAAGCGUCUCGCAGUCGCCGAGCUACCGGCGCACAGCAGCUACAUUCGCCGGAAACAGGAGGAGGCGAUAGUUUCCCGCUUGUGGACCAAGUACCAGACCGCGGAGACGGAGCGUUUCACAAUGGCCUUGAUCUCAUUAGGCAGUCCCAUGAAGCGCCAACGUGUCGUGUAA